AUGGCUGGUGCAGACGAAGACUGUGGAGGAUCAUCAGCAGGAUAUUCUGGAGGCUCAGGGGGUGGAUUCAGAGGAUCAGGUGGAUUUGGCUCCAGAGGCUUCGGUUCGCGUGGAGGAUCUUCAGGUGGAUUUGGUUCAGGCGGUGGAUCUUCGGGAGGAUACUCUGGUGGUUCUAGAGGUGGAUUUGGAGGAUCAGGUGGAUCUCGAGGCGGAUUUGGAAGUUCAGGUGGCUUCGGCUCCGGUGGAUUUGGAUCGGGUAGAGGAUCCUCAGGCGGAUAUUCCGGUGGAUCAGGUGGUUCCUUUGGAGGCUCUGGCGGCUUCGGUGGAUCCGGUGGAUUUGGAUCAGGUGGAGGAUCCUCUGGUGGAUAUUCCGGUGGAUCAGGUGGUUCAUUUGGAGGCUCUGGCGGUUUUGGUGGAUCCGGUGGAUUUGGAUCAGGAGGAGGAUCCUCUGUUGGAUAUUCCGGUGGCUCAGGAGGAGGCUUCGGAGGGUCAGGCGGCUUCGGUGGAUCCGCUGGCUUUGGCAGCGGUGGAUCGCUGGGCGGUCUUUUCUGUUCUGCAGUGGUCCUGUUGGCCUCACAGAGCUUAGUGCCUUUGUAUAUAAUAGAGUGCCAGCUGGAUCAGUCCCAUGCAGCUUUCUCCCAGGAGUCAGAGAUUCUUUCUUGCUUUAGCUCGUUGUAG